AUGCCGGACGAUAAAAAUAUACCAGUCAUAUCCUUCCUUGCCAUAUUUGGUAAUGGACUCGUUAUCUACGUAAAAAAAACUAGGCGACGGCGGCUGCUUACGUCAGCCAACUGGUUUGUGAUGUCAUUAAGAUGUUGGCUCCUUGAYAAAAAAAAAACAAUCUGUUGGCAUUUCAAUGUKUGCACUAUUGACAGAGAAGUUGUGAAUGAAAAAAAUGUACUGCUGUUUUUCAAUUCAGCGGUUAAUCCAAUAGUGUAUGCGCUUCUCAAGAAUGACUUUAAAAGGGAACUACGUAAGAUGCUAUGCUGCCGUGUGAUGGCUGGAAUGGAGAAAAAAAUCGAUAUGACCGACAAUAAGUCGGAGCGUAAUGCUCGAAACAGCGUCCGUUCGGUUUAUGAGAUGACGGAUUACAAUUAUAAAAAUGGUUCCACAAACGGUACUAAAACUUGA